UAACGUAAUCCUGCCCCUCCUGCCCGAACCCCCGCCCCUGCCCGUAGCGAACCAAGUAAGUAAGUAGUACCGCCGGGUACAAACCCAUUUUCUUUUUGCCGUCUGGCAAGCUAGCGCCCCAAUCCCCAUCUCUCUUUAUCUCACGUCAUCUCUCUCUCUCUUUCUCUCUCUCUUAUUUUCGUUUUCGUAAAAUUUAAUUUUUUUUUCUUUCCCCUUUCAAUUCGUCUCUCGUUUUUUUGGUCGAUUUCCUAUUUUUGCAGCUUGCUCUCCAUCGUUAUUCCUCUAUCAAUCAGAUCGGUGAAUUGAAGCUACAGGAAAGGAGCUGAGGUUACGAAUUGGGUUUGAUUGAGAUUAAGGACGAUCUAGGGUUUUGAAGGGUUCUAAUAGAUUGGACUCUCGAAGUUGGGUUCUUUUUAUUAGGGUUUUGGAAAAUUGAUAACCGGGGUUGAAUUGAUGGUGGUUCGAGGAGGAAUUUUGGGGGAAAAUGCUAUUCGGAUGCUAUUAUGUAUGGGAGGGAACAACGGGAGGGUGAGAAUCAUCGAAAGGGUAUUCAACGUGAAAGUGGCUGCGGUGGUCAGCAUAUGCGGUCUGUUUCUUUGAGCUUCAACACAAGGAACAGUUUAGCUACCAGCAAAACGACUCUUGUCUCUGACUUUGGUGCCACCGCUUCUAUUGAGUCCUUCUGCAAGGUAUUGGCAUGGUGGGCUUUUUCAAUCUGCCUCGCUUUGGGCAUAGUUUCUGUUUUUUAGCUGUAAAUUAUGAUUGACUUUGCAUUCAUAUUUUACUUGUGGAAUUUAUGCAAAAAGGUUCUUUGUGCUGGAAAGAAGUUAUUGACUUCCUUUCUUGGAGAGCGGGAGAGUUAGUCCCUUGAGUGUUGUGUUGUCUUGUUAGGCGGCUGGCAAGGAUGUGGGUUUCGGCGGAGGAUGGUAAUAUAUUCAUAUUUAGUCAGCGACAUAAUGGCAUUUGUCGUGGAGCGCAUUUUACCAUGUAUUAUCUCGUCGUAUGUUAUCGUUUCUUGUCGUAUUCUAAAAUCAUGGGAAGACGGCAGGAAAUGCUUCUUUAAGCUUCUCAAAGCAUGGUUUCCCCGAUUCUUUUUCUCCUGUGUGGCGAAAGUUUCUUUCUAGUUUCUACUAUAGGACAUCUUUUCAUGGCUGCUCCAUUUUGUUUAGUUUUGUGCUAUGAAGUGAUCAUUGCACCGCACAAAGUUAUGUUCUAGGUACUGGGCUUCAUAUUUCUGCAUGAUGCAUGGAAAAGUGGGUUCCUUGACUUGCAUUUUAGUUGUUGCGGUCUUGAAUACUACUCUAGAAUGGGUCUGAAAUCACCACUUUGGUUAAUGAGAUUGCUGCCGUGCAGCGUCUUUCUGUAUCCUUUAAGGAAGUACAAGUAGUUCUGCGAUACCCACAUUGAUUUGCAGCUUUCUGGACUUAUGGAUUAUGGUUUCGCCUACUAUGCCAUCCUAUUUUUGAUAUCUAAGUCUAACUGUAGUUUCCAGCAGAGAGUUUUGGGUAAUAGAAUUCGAGUGAUAUCAUAUUCCAGAGCUGUAUAAUUUGUUAAUCGACCAGGCUUGACUAGUCUUUAUGAUAAUCAGGAACAAUUUUGGUUUUCGCCACUGGUUAAGGUAUGAAAAGGUUGGAGUAAUGGGGUUUUUUUUAGUAGAUAAAUUUCCUUUAUGGGUGUGAAUUAGGAUAUGGUCAAAUCAUUUGUCAUGUAGUUAAACACCUGCCAUAGACAGCUGUGGCAGUUUCUUCGGCAAAUGGUGAUCAUUGUUAUAUUUUGCUAUAAUAAUUGUUUGAACGUUAUCAUCGGAAGAUUAAGUUGCAGAUACUGGUUGUGCUGAUGAUGCUGAAUGUUACACCAGCAUUUUGGUGCACUUGUUGUCGUGAGGGUCCCUGAAGAUUAUAUUAAUGGAUAGCAAUUUUUUUCUUUUAUUCAUCUCCCUCUAUGAUGUGUUGAGUUUGACGCUUCUAUUUUACUGUUGGCUCAGUAUGUUGACAGAAGCUUUUUAGAAUAAUUUCGAUAAGUUAUAUGUGCUUAAUACAUUCCUUAUCAUACUGCAGUAUGCAAAGCAUCUUAUGGUUUUUCUCUCUGCUGAAAAGAACUUCAAUUUGUUUACUGCAGGAUGGUCGGAAAAUCAGCGUAGGUGAUUGUGCUCUUUUUAAGGCACCUCAGGAUUCCCCACCUUCCAUUGGUAUAAUCCGUUGCUUGAGAUCUUGUGGAGAGAAUAACUUGCAACUAGGUGUUAAUUGGCUUUAUCGACCAGUUGAGUUGCAGCUUGGUAAAGGCCUCCGGUUGGACGCCACGCCAAACGAAAUUUUUUACUCUUUUAAUGAGGAUGAGAUUCCAGCUGCAUCGUUACUUCACCCUUGUAAAGUUGCAUUCCUUCCUAAAGGUAUUGAACUUCCAUCAGGGACAUCCUCAUUUGUCUGCCGGCGGGUUUAUGAUGUUGAGAAGAAGUGCUUACGGUGGCUAACUGAUCAAGAUUACAUUGAUGAACGACAAGAAGAAGUAGAUAAGCUCUUACUAGAUACGAGGUUAGAGAUGGAUGCAUCUUUCCAAUCAGGCAACCAUUCACCAAAAAUGACAAAUAAUUCACUGUCAGGAUCACAGUUGAAGCAAGGUCCAGAUAGUGGACAAGGUAGUAUAGGCUCUGUUCAUUCUCAAACCAAAGCUAAGAAGCGGGAACGUGGGGACCAGUCCUUUGAUCAUCCUGUGAAGCGAGAACGUUCUCUAAGAUCAGAAGAUACUGAUUCUGGCAUGUAUAAACAUGAAAGUUCAUUGAGGUCUGAGAUCGCGAAGAUGAAAGACAGGGGUGGCCUUGUGGAUUCUGAAUCUGUUGAGAAGCUUGUCCAACUUAUGCAAGUGGAUAAAGUUGAUAAGAAGAUAGAUUUGGCUAGUUGUUCAAUCCUUGCUGGUGUGAUAGCUGCCACUGAUAAAUUUGAUUGCCUUAAUCGUUUUAUACAGCUGAAGGGUUUGCCUGUGUUUGAUGAGUGGCUUCAAGAUGUCCAUAAAGGGAAAAUUGGUGAUGCUUCAAGUUUGAAGGAUGGUGAUAAAUCUGUUGAAGAUUUUCUCUUAGUUCUGCUUCGUGCACUUGAUAAGCUUCCUGUAAAUCUUCAUGCCCUGCAGACAUGCAAUAUUGGUAGGUCAGUAAAUCAUUUACGCUCACAUAAAAACCUGGAAAUUCAGAAGAAAGCUAGGAGUUUAGUUGACACCUGGAAGAAAAGAGUUGAGGCUGAAAUGAAUGCUACCGAUGGGAAGAUUGGUUCACCUCAGGCAUCUUGGUCAACAAAAUCGCGUCCUUCUGAAGCACAAGGUGGUAAAAGUUCUGGUGGCUCUUGUGACAUAGCAUCAAAGGGUGUUGCCUUGCAGGUUCCAACAUCUAAAGUCACGUCAGCUAAGGUUUCACAAGUGGAGCCCGCGGGAAGGUGUGCAUCACCAUCACCUGGUCCAUUGAAGUCUGCUUCAUCCCCAGCAUCCAUAAAAGAAGCUAAGCUAGUAGCUGGCAGUGUUUCUGAUCCUCCCUUAUCUGUGAAGGAGGAAAAGAGCAGUAGUUCUAGUCAAUCUUUAUCUGUGAAGGACGAUGCAAGGAGUUCUCCUGUUGCAUCUGUGAGCAUCAAUAGGAUAUCCAGUAGUUCUCGGUACCGCAAAUCUAUCAAUGGCUUUCCGGGAUCUUUGCCAUCUGGAGGCUCGAAAGAAACAGGUUCAGGUAGAAAUUCCUCAACUCAGAGAAAUGCUGCACCAGAGAAGUUGCAGUCUGCUUCGCUGACUGAUAAGGCAUCAGAAGUACCUCCUGUUGAAGGGAGCACUCACAAAUUGAUAGUAAAGAUACCCAAACGGGGUCGUAGUCCCAGUCAAAGCAUUAGUGGUGGAUCUGUGGAAGAAACUUUUGUGACUAGCAGCCGAGCUUCUUCUCCUGUAUUAUCUGAUAAACAUGAACCGUCUGAACGCAAUGUAAAAGAAAAGGGUGAUGCAUCUAGGAAAAAUUUUUCAUCUGAUGGGAGUGCAGAGUCAUGGCAGAGUACUGAUUUCAAAGAUUUGCAGGCUGGAAAUGAUGAAGGGCAUGGAUCUCCAGCAACUCUUCGUGAGGAAGAACGAAGUAGGAUUGCGGAAGAUGCUAGAAAAGUGCCGGGAGUAUCUAAAGCUGUUCCUUUGCCAUCUGGAAAAUUACAUGAUGCUUCUUUCAGCCCAAUGAAUGCAUUGAUUGAGAGCUGUGUAAAGUACUCUGAAGCUAACUCAUCCAUGUCACUUGCGGAUGAUGUUGGAAUGAAUCUUCUUGCCACUGUGGCUGCUGGAGAAAUAUGCAGGUCUGAUUCGCUUGCAUCUACUGAGCCUUUACACGGUGACACUGCGGUGGAAGGAUCCACAGGUGAGGAUGUGAGUCUAAAGUCAGCAGCUGCAGAAAGCAUAUCACAAAACCAUCCUGAGAUCAAGCCUGUCGAUUGUGAUGGUGUAGAACAAGGUACACUUACAGGUUUGUUGUCCAAAGAUGGAAGCGAUUUGUCUAAGCAAGUGUCUGCCAAAUCAACGGGAGAUAGAGAGGCCCCUGAUUUAUCUGAAGCAACUUUGCAGAAAACCACCAAUUUUCCAACAUGUACAAGUGGAAGGUUAGAUGAUAAUGGGGUUUCAAAUUCUCCAAUUCCACCGACAGGGGCUAAAAAUAGAGACGGAGAUCCAAUUAAGCAACCUGAUCGUAUGGAUACUGAUGUCAGUUUAAAAAAUGUAUCUGAAGGAACGAAUAAUGUUGACAUUCCAGUUUGCACUUCAUCAUCGAUGAGUGAGAACAAAGAUGAGCCUGGAAGGAUGAAUACCAGUGUCUUUGUGGAGCAGAAGCCUGCUAUGUUAGCUGAAGCAGAUUUUUGCCCUGAUACUGGGCAUGCCAAGGAGUCUGUUUCUGGUAAUGUUGAUGAAAUUAAAGUGAGAGAAGUUGAUUCACACCAUGGUAGCAAUUCUGCCAAUCAUUCUGAAGGGGGAACAGUUGCGGCAAAGACCUGUAAUGUGGUGGCUCCUCCCGUAGAUAAAGAAACACCUGGUUUAUGUUCAGAAUCUGUUGAACAAACUUCUGGUUGUUCCAUUGCCAAGGCUGAGAAAAAGGAAGCUGCCGACCCUCAUUCAUCAUGUGCCCAGAAAGAAUCACCAUCCAAAGAUGUCAUAAGAAACAUGGAUUUGAGAGAACCAGUAAAACCUGAUGCUGAAGCAGAUGAGAGGGCAGAUUGGGGAUCCGCUGAUGCUGAUUUUAAGCCAGUAAGAUCUGCUAAUGAACCUGAGAUGGAUUCAAAAGUAAGUUUUGAUCUGAAUGAAGGCCUGAUGGGGGAUGAUGGGAAAUAUGGGGAGUCCUUCAACUCAGUUAAUCAUGGAUGUGUACCAGUACGAGUUUUUAAUCCAGCGUGUUCUGCUGUUGUUUCCAGUUGUAUUCCUACUUCUGUAACUGUUACUGCUGCUGCCAAAGGUGGCUUUGUUCCUCCUGUGGAUUUAUUGAGAAGUAAAGGGGAACUUGGCUGGAAAGGGUCCGCUGCUACCAGUGCGUUCCGGCCUGCAGAGCCAAGAAAAGUGCUUCAGUUACCUUUGAAUUCAUUCAAUAAUUCUACGGCCGAUGAAUCUACUAGCAAACCAGGUCGUGCAGCAUUGGACAUUGAUCUCAAUGUGCCAGAUGAAAGAGUUCUAGAGGACAUGGGUUUCCUUGAUUCUAAUGCCCCCGUCCAUUUCAGUAAUAAUAAUCAAUUACAAAGAGAACUUGGUCCAGUGACUGGACGCAGUUCUGGAGGGCUUGACCUUGAUCUAAAUAGAGUUGACGACACCAACGAUAUGCUGCUGCAGAGUUCAGUCAGCAGCAUACGCAGAUUAGAGAUCGCACCUGCUGUAUCCUUAAAGCCAUCACCAUCCAGUUUGCUGCCUAACAGUGGGAUCAGAAAUGAUUUUGAUUUGAAUGGGCCUAGUUUUGAAGAUGCAGCUGCCGAACUUCCUUCGUCAACUCAUGGUCGGACCAGCUCACAGAGCAACACACAACCAGCUGCCGAACUUCCUUCGUCAACUCAUGGUCGGACCAGCUCACAGAGCAACACACAACCUGCUACACCUGGUGUCAGACCGAGCAAUCUUGAAGCAGGGAAUUUCUCUGCCUGGUUUUCUCCUGGGACUUCCUAUUCAUCUAUUACUAUUCCUUCACCUUUACCUGAUCGUGCUGAACAGCCUUUUCCGAUUAUUCCGGCUGGUGCCACACAGCGUAUCUUAGGUCCGCCUGGUGGUAAUCCUUUCACUACGGAUGUCUUCCGUGGUUCAGUUUUGACAUCCCCAGCAGUGCCUUUUACACCUAACCCGUUCACAUACCAGAUGGUCCCUUUCGGAACUACUCUACCUCUAGCAUCUGCCUCAUUCUCUGUUGGGUCAACCUCGUUUGUGGAUGCCACCACUGGUGGAAGAAUCUAUACUCCUGUUAAUACACAAUUUCUAGGACCUGUUAGUGCAGUUUCUUCCCAAUAUCCCAGGCCUUACAUGGUAAGCCUUUCAGAUAACAAUAAUGGAGUUUUGGAGAACGGUAGAAAGUGGAGUAGGCAGGGUCUUGACCUCAAUACUGGACCUGGUGUAUCAGACAUUGAGGGAAGAGAGGAGACAUUAGUACAAAGACAACUUGCAAUUGGCAGUUCACAAGCUCUUGCAGAGGAGCCAGUGAGAAUGUUCCCACUUUCUGGCGGGGUUCUUAAGAGAAAAGACCCCGAGGGAGGGUGGAAUGGUGACAACUUGAGGUUCAAGGAAUCAUCCUGGCCGUGAAGUCAUGAAGCGAUGGGAAAAAUGGCAACCCUCACAUUUUUUCUUGAUAGGAAAGGGCCCACUCAAGAGUAUGGCAUCUCAAUAUCUUCUGGUUGGUUGGUCUUCUUCUGGAGGACAACUUGUAAGUGAGGCUUAUCUUUGAUAUUCUAAACCUUCCGCUUGUCAGUGAUUAUCCACCCUCUCGCUUACCAGAAGCUUAUCUAUUAGGUGCUGCUCUAAUGGGUUUUGUUGGCUUUCUCUCCAUCCCAAGUCCUCUGGGUGGUUUAGAUCCAUUUCUCCUCUGUAGAUAUUUAAUAGCCGGAAAACCUGUGAUGCAACGAUACUCGAUAAUGGGAUAAGGCAUUACAUGUGUUUGGACUGACAAUCUCUCCUGAUCCAGCUUUCUGGCCAGCAGGUCAUGGAUGGAUCUCUGGACUAAUAAGUAAAUUUUUUAAAGUUGCAAUGAUGCUAAUUAUCCUCAUACUUGGAGAUUUUCAUCUCCAUUGCUAGAUACAGGUAGGGGUUGUCAUUAAAAUUGUGGUAUUUGGGAACUCCAUUUUUUUAGUUGAUUUGGUUUCUCUUGUAAACAUAAAUUUUGCUUCAAAAUUUUUGAACUGUACCAUAGUGUAUCUUUAGUUGUAUCUUACGCCAAGAGAUGAAUUCCCCUUUAUGGUCAGUAUAGCUUUCUGCUUUAUAACUGUUGCUGCUCUUACCAAAGUUAUGAAGACUGCAUGAAAGAGGACCAAGAGUUCAUUUUGCCCCUGGAAGUUCCAUCUCGGAACGCCGUGUUUCGAAUGGUAUUAAUUUCUAUCGAUCUUAUAAUACUAUAUAAUGGUGAUUAUAUUUUUAAAUUCGACUAUGUUUUAUUGUUUAAGGUGUUUGCCUUUUUCCCUUUUUCCUCCCCGGCUGCUAAAAUGUACGUAUUACCUCCAAGAACAUAAAUCUUCGAUAUGGG